AUCGCCAUCCGCUCCUUUCAUUUCAUCUGCAUGCUUUAAAACCCCCCCACCCCCAUUCUAUAUCUACUAUUAUGCAGCUUCGCUCGUGCUUAGUAGGGGGCACUCUGGCUCUGGGUGCCAGAGCCUUGCUGGUGAUCCCCGAGGUUGAGGGCGAGUCCCUCGCCCCCGAAGCCGAUUUCCCUCCCUUCCACCCUCUAGAGGCCUAUGCUCCUCAGCAGUCGCAAGUUGAACUUGCCUGCACCGAAUGUCCUUUCCGUGAAGUCAGUGAGGAUGGGAAAGUCAGCUGGACUGAUGGCCACAAGACCUCUCUCACGCUGGACUUCACCAUCGAGGACGGCUUCCUCCUGGCCAACGGUCGCCAGAUCUUCCCCCCUCCUCCUCCGACCCUGAUUACCGCCGUUCAACGCAGACUCUCCGAUGGAGUAGAGUCCGAGCCUAUCGCCGUCGGAUAUGCUGUGGAGGAGAUGCCUAUUCCGACCUCCCCGGAGGACCCGAUGGACCUCGUCGAAGUUCGAUUCACUGUCCUCGACCUUGACAGCCACCCUGUUCCCCUCGACACUGUAGCGGUCACCCUUAUCCACGAUUCCAAUACUGGAGAACUGUUCAUGGCGAAGACCGAGAUCGAAGAAACCACCCCUGAUCGCGGCUCCUGGGCCCAGUGCCGUGGCAAGCCCAAGUGCCUCCGCAAGCUUCUCUUUGACCGUAUGCGCUCCUUGUUCGCCGCCGCCAAGGCCCGUAUGCUCGACUUCACCCCGGGGCCCAAGGGUCACCACUGUGGCCAGGCUCAUGGCUCUGACCACGAUCACCCUCCCCACCAUCACCACCAUCACGGUGAGCACGACCACGGCAAGCCCGAUCCUGAGGGUUUCCCUGGAGGAUUCCUUCCCUACCCGGAGAUGGAUGGCAAGGGUCACCACGACUUCAAGGGCCACAUGGGCAAGUUCGAUGGUCCCCAUGGACCUCACAGACACCAUCACCACCACGACCGCUUGGCCCACACCCUGCACCGUGUUGUCCGCUUCAUUGUCGUCCCUGCUAUCCUCGGUGUCUUGGCCGGUCUGGCUGCUAGCGCCCUUGGUAUGUUGGUCGGUCAAAUUGUCGUCUUCAUGUGGCAGCGUUACCGCCGGUCCACUCCCAGGGAGUCCGUUGAGCAGGGCACUGUUUUCGAAAAGCAGGGCCUCAUGACUGAGGCUUCUGAAGAGCUUCCUCCCGCUUACAGUGACGAGGAAAGUGUGCUGGACGAUGCUUCCGGCAAGCACUGAUUGCUAGACUUGAUAAGUCUCGGAGAGCCACCUUCAUUGGUAGGAACGAUCGAAAUCUCGUAUCCCCCGAAUGGCCACGAUGUGAUGCUGGAUAGGGGCUCCGGCAGGUUCUAGCGAAUUGAUUGGUCUCGACUCGUCAUUGACUGUUGUUCACCGAUUGUGAUUGUGACAGAUAUAACUCCAUUCGUUCAAAAUCUCCCUGUUUUUCCCUUCAGUUCUGUAUCUUUUCUCUUAGCCAUGAUCUUGUGUCCUAUUUCACAGCAGUCUGUUGGAAGUGAGAUUGGACUCGGACAUCAGCCCUUGGUGUAGCAACCGUUAUUCUUCUAUUUCAAUCAGUGUCCUUGUGUAGCCAACCAGGAAUAGUAUCUCUGAAGCACGGC